UAAUAUUUAAUAAUACUAACAAUAAUAUAUAAAUAAUACGAAGUAUAAAUAACAAAUAUUAACAUUCUUUUUGAAGGUAACAAAAUAUUAAUAUAAAUAAAUAAUAAUAUUAACAUCAACCAAAAUAAUUAAAUUAUCUUUAAAAAAUAAAACAACAAUUAAAUUAACCAUAAAAUUUUUUGAAUAAAAGACACAAAGCCCAACUUUCCAGCCCAAAAACAACCAAGAAAACCCUUGGUAUAAAUAUCUCACAUUCACCCCCUCAUCCAUUAGAACCCUAAUCUUCCUGCCUCUGUGCAUUUGUCUCUUCCUCUCCUUCAACGGAUACAAAUAAAAAAUCAUAAAAGACCUCCAGUCUCCAUUUAAAACUCUUUCACUCUCACAUCAUGUUCUUCUUCAACAACAGACCCAUGCUCAAUGAACAUGAAAAACUUCAAGGAUGUAGUAUUUUUCUGAUCUAGAAGAAACUCAACAUUUGGAGUACGAUUUUUCUUUGUUCUGUAGAGACAAUAAUUUGGAGAAGAAGAACUCCCCCUCUUUCUCUGUCAUAUCUGAUCCGAUUCUAUGUUCUAAAGAUUUCCAAAUCUCCGAACCUGGAAUAUUUUUGCAUCUUACAUGGAUAAUCAAGAAGUACCAUCUGGAUUUGAUAAUGAAUAUAACAAUGGCAUUGAUGACAAUGAAGAGCAGUUGAUAUCUACAACUAGCCGUGUUGCAUCUCCAAAACGAAAACGAGCUUUUACUAAACAAGACACAUUAUCUGUGAAGGGUAGGCGUACUUCUGCGGUAUGGAACCACUUCACUUUCACUACAUUAGCACUAGGAGGUUUUGAAGUGCAUUGUAAGUAUUGCAAAACUUACAAGUUUAUUUAUGAUAGUAUCAUGGGGACUUCUAAUGCUAAGAGACAUUAUUUAAAGUGCCCUUCUUAUUUAGAGUUCAUGUCUAAAAAUCCAAAUGGGCUUGCUGGUACUGAUUUUGAUCAAAAAACAUAUCUGAAAUUGUUUGCUCAAUCAAUAUUAGGUCAUGGAUAUCCAUUGCGUAUGGCUGAACAUCCUAGGACUAGAAGAUUGCAUGAUUAUCUGAAUCCAAAUGUCAAAACUGUUUGUAGAAAUACAAUGACUAAGUGUUGCAUGUCUGAGUAUAAUGAUUUAAAGAAACAAUUGUUUGAUACCUUAGGUGCAUCAAGUUCUAGAAUUUGUCUUACUUCUGAUUUGUGGCAAGCAUGUACUAUAAAUGCGUAUUUAGUCCUUACUGCCCAUUAUGUAGACAACAACUGGAAAUUGCGUUCAAAAAUUUUAAAUUUUCAACAUUUUGAAUCCUCUCAUACUGGGAAUAAUAUUUAUGAGUUUGUACAAGCUUUGAUUAGAGAGUGGGGUAUUGAAAAGAAAGCUUUUACAAUUACUGUAGAUAAUGCAACUAAUAUGGAUGUGUUUGCUGCAAGAUUAGAGUGUGAUUUGAAUGCUUGUUCUCCUUUACCCUUGGAUGGUAGAUAUUUUCAUAUUCGCUGUUGUGCUCAUAUCUUGAAUAUUAUUGUGCAAGAGGGUUUGCGUGUUAUUGAUGGUUGUAUUGAGAAGGUUCGUGAGGGUGUUAAGUACAUUACAUUUACUGAAGGUCGAAAAAUCAAAUUUAAGCAAUGUGUAGUGGCUACCAAUUCUGAUUUUAAAUUAAAGUUAAAAAAAGAUGUGUCCACUAGGUGGAACUCUACCUUUUUAAUGCUUGAAAGAGCAUUGUUAGCCAAAGAAGCUCUUGAUAUGUUUGCUAAACGAGAUGGUAAUUAUAAGUUUGGUCUUUCGGAUCUUGAAUGGCAACAUAUUCAAUCAAUGUCUAACUUCCUUGAGCCAUUUUAUCUAAUCACAAAACUGUUUUUUUGUUUCUGAUUAUCCUACUGCAAACCAUUAUUUUGGUAAUAUUUUGAGUAUUGAAAAGCUUUUACUUGACGCCCAUGUUGAUGAGAAUCCUAUGAUACAAAUAAUGGCUAGUACGAUGCAAAAUAAGUUUGAAAAAUAUUGGAGCAAUUAUUCUGUCAUUUUUUAUCUUUUGCUGUGAUUUUUGACCCUCGUUACAAGCUUGAUUUUGUGAAAAACUCGUACUCUAUUUUAUAUGUUGAUGAUGCAUCUAAUAGUAAAGCACAAAUUGUGCUUUCUGAAUUUAUUGACAUGUAUAAUUUUUAUGAGAAAUCUUCGACACCGUGUGCUUCAUCCUCAUCUUCAUUACAAAGCACGGCCACAUCUCCUUUGGCUCUUUCCUCUUCUAUACCAUUUAAGACCAGUGAUAUUUACAAGCAUUUUCAUGCAACAGUAGCUCCUAGUAGAGUUGGUGCAUCUGAAGUUGAUGCCUAUUUGAGUGUGCCAUUGAGAAAACAUAUUCCAGGAGAGGAAUUUGAUAUCCUUAAUUAUUGGAAAGAGCAAUCUGCCUCUUAUCCGAUCCGUUCUCGAAUGGCAAAAGAUGUACUCGCCAUUCCUAUAUCCUCUGUUGCCUCUGAAUCGUCGUUUAGCAUGGGUGGCCGGAUCUUGACCAAUAUAAGGAGCUGUCUAUCGGAUAAACAUCUCGAGGCUUUGGUUACUUCUAAACAUUGGUUGGAUGGUUAUGACGAAGAAGAGUAUGAAGAUUGUGAACUUGACACCGAGCCUUCCAACCUUGAUCUUUGAGAAUGUUGGAUGUCUUCUAGAUUACUAAUGGGGCUUGCUAGCGAGUCAUAUGCACAAGACUGCAACAACAACUGUGACUAACCUAAUAUAUUUUGUUGAGAAGUAUGGUUAUGUGCUUAAUGGUGGCAGAGCAUAUUACACCAAUUGAAGGCGACUGACUUAAUUGUCCACUAUAUACUGACUUAAUUGUGUUGCUUGGAAUGUAUAGUGGCGCAUUAGCUACUUAGUUUUGAGAUAAAUGGUUGGUCUUACAGCUUUUCCAACAUUUAUUCCAUUUGCUAGGUAUAUUUUGGGUACUUUUAAAAUCCUCUUUUGAUGUAAUAUCAGUAGGUAUAUAUUUUGGGUACAUAAACUUAAAAUCCUCUUUUGAUGUAAUAUAAGUUAAUGCUUAAAAUCCUCUUUUGAUGUAAUAUAUGUUAAUGGUCUUGUUUAUUGA